AUGUCAACCGAGAAGUCGGCAAUUGCCACAUACAAGGAGGACACUGAGGCACAGAACCAAGCAUCGGGCCGCUCCGUGGAGUCAGGGGUCAGGGCGAGCCGUCUCCAACGAUGGCGUCUCCAUUGGCUCACUGCCUACCGUGUCCUUGUCGCCAUCACGUUGGUCAUUAACGCACUCAUACUGGGUCUGUUGAUUAAGCUCGAACUUCCUCGACCUAAUGUCCUCGUUGCAACCGCUGCCAAUCUCCUCAUCUCCAUCCUCGUUCGACAGGAGGAUCUUAUCAACCUGAGCUUCGGCCUCAUUGCGCGCAUACCUUCGAGCACACCAUUGGGACUACGCAAAGUCAUCGCGGACUUCCAUCACUAUGGCGGCAUACACAUUGGCUGUGCAGUAUCGGCGUUGCUCUGGUACUGCGUCUUUGUGUACGCCAAUACACGUAGCUGUAUCACGGCGGCGCAGUACGGAGGAAUGACAAACUGGCAUUGGGCAGAUAUCAUUACAUGCUACGUGUUCCUCGUCUUCAUCGCUGCGAUGUGCCUUACAGCCAUACCACACCUCCGGGAGAAGAUACACAAUCAAUUCGAGCGCAUCCAUCGCUUUGGUGGCUGGCUAUCGCUGGCUGUCCUUUGGAUCAAUGCCGGCAUCACCACCAUAAUCGAACCCAGCCAUACCCCCUUGUACAAAAGCAAGUCCAUCUGGCUCCUCACAGCCGCAACCCUGGUAAUCAUCCUCCCGUGGCUUCGCAUCCGCCGCGUCGCCAUCACCGCCCAAUCCAUUUCCAGCCGCGAAGUCAAACUCACAUUUCCCUUCACCAACAUGCCCUACACAUCGACAUGCCGCUUCAGCCUCUCCCCCGUCAUUGAAUGGCACGCCUUUGCCACCAUCCCCAGCCCCGACGGCCUCUCCGCACACAUCAUCAUCUCCGCCGCCGGCGACUGGACAAAGCGCAUCAUCUCCGCCCCGCCCUCGACAAUCUGGAUCCGCAACCCCCCGGCUGCGAAUUUCCUCGCUUUCUGCCCCGUCUUCAACUCGCUGCUCCUCGUCGCCACCGGCGCAGGCAUCGGCCCCAUGCUCUCGCUCCUCUCCUCGCCCGCCAUCGCGCGCAUGCGAUCCCAAGGACGUGUUGUGAGAGUCAUGUGGUGCGUCUACGACCCCAACGCGCCGCACUGGGAAUUCGUCCAAGACAUGAUCCGCGCGGUUGAUCCUGCGCCGCGCAUUUUCGACUCGAGAACCGGUCGCCCGGAUAUGGCGUUUGAAGCACGCGAUUUGGCGGAGAAGGAGAAUAUCGAGGCGGUCAUGGUGGUGAGCAAUAAGAAGGUUACGAACCAGGUUGUGGCGGAGGUUAAGGGGCAUGGGGGUGCGGCGUAUGGGGCAGUGUUUGAUUCGUAG